UCAGAUCUGGGAUUGAAAUACCAUGCCAUUUUAUUAAUUAUCGUAUGUUAGCCACAUCUAUCAAUGCCUUUUAAAACUUCCCUUUUCUUUUUGAUACACUUGAUUGGUUUGAACCUGAAAGUAAGUCUUUUGUAAUUGAUUAUGCUGGUGGUAGCGCAGGUGGUAGAGGAGCCUGUUUGGCAACCAGAAGGUUCCAGUUUCAAGUCCCGCUCUGCUUUACCCCAUUGAUGUGUCCUUGAGCAUGACACUUGACCCCAAAAUUUCUCCUGGUGGCAGGGUGGCAUUCUGCAUGGCAGCCCCUACCAUCAGUGUGUGAAUGUAAGUGGGAAUGGGUGAAUUUGAGGCGUGCAUCAUUGUAAAGUGCUUUGAGUGCGCUAAGGAGUGGAAAAAACGGUAAUUAUAAAACGCAAUCCAUUUACCAUUUUACGGGAAAACCGCUCUGCCGAGUAGGUGGAUUGUUAUUCCCCUCCCUGUAGUAUUGCGGUUCCAAACUGCAGCACAGUACAAUACGUCCAGUACCACUUCUCUCUACUCUCCUGCCUGUUGCUCUCAUCAGACCAGCUACAGUGUACGGUACACUAUGCUACGAUAAGCCCAGUACUACUACUCCCCUCUGCCUCCUCUCCUGUUUCCCUCAUGAGAGACCAUCUGUGUUGAGAGUCAUCAUUGUUCGUCCCGGAUAGUGGGCUGAGAGGAGCUGACAGGGGGCUGUUAUUGAGUUGUAGCCGUCCGGAACCAAGUCCAAGUCCAAUCAGGGAGAUAAACCCAGUGGGAUAUGUGUUCACUGAGAGUUCAACUCUGUCGUGAAGCAGCUGUUUUAAGGUGUUAUUCCUAUGAUUUUCUUUCUUUCGAUGUGCAACAGUGCACCUGGUUUCAGAAGUAUUGUGCAAUUAAAUGAGACCUCGGACAUCUGGCCAAAGAACUAAACUCCAGUAGUGCGUGAGUGUAGCGGCUGGAGGGUGGAGUCCAAGAUCUUCAGCCAGCCAUCAGCAUGUCCAGCCCAGGGGAGUCCCCCGCCAGGAGGUGGCUGCCCAGCCACAAGUGCAAGCAGGAGCACCUCUCUGAGGAGCAGAUCGAAGCCAUCAAGGACAACAGCGAGCUCCGGCCCUUCCUGGCCAUCCACCACCUCCCCUUACUGAAGGAGGAGCACGUCUCCCCCCUGUUGCAUGGCAACCCUGUCACCUGCAAGGUGGAUAACACGGAGCGAUACACCACUCGCUCCAAGGUGCGUGUCUGUACGCUGUACACAGUGAAGCUGACCCAUGGGGACUUCACGUGGACGGUCAAGAGGAAGUACAAACACUUCCAGGAGCUUCACCGUGACCUCUACAAGCACAAGAUGAUGCUGCAGUUCCUGCCCCUCGGGAGGUUUGCCAUUCAAAGGCAGGAGCUGGAGAACAUGACUGAGGAGAUGCCCACUUUGCACGGCACGGAGAGGAGACGAGCCUCCAGCAAGCCGAAAUACCUGGAGGACUAUCUGAAUGGCCUUUUGGACAAUAACUUUUGCAAAAACUAUCAUGGAAUGUUGGAGUUUCUGGCUGUCAGUCAAUUGUCCUUCAUCAAAGAUCUUGGCAUCAAAGGCCUGGAGGGCUUGAUCCACAAGCGCUCGGGGGGCCACCGCAUCCAGGGCCUGAACUGCGUGGGCCACCACCAGGUCUGCUUCCGCUGGUCGCGCCGCUGGCUGGUGGUCAAGCAGUCCUUCCUGCUCUACAUGCACCGCGACUCGGGCGUCAUCUCCUUCGUGCUCCUCUUCGACCCCGAGCUCAAGGUCAACGUGGGCCGCUCCUACACGGAGACGCAGCACGGAGUCUGCAUCGAGACGUUCACCAGGAAGUUGAUCAUCAAGUGCAACACCUACAGGCAGGCACAGUGGUGGAGCCACGAGAUCAAGAGGCUCUCGGAGGCCAGCGACUUCCUCCAGCUGCAUCGCUUCCAGAGCUUCGCCCCGCCACGCCCCAACACCCUCACCAAGUGGUACGUGAAUGGGAGCCAGUACUUCGCCGACUUGGCCGACGCUCUGGACCAGGCGAAGGAGGAGAUCUUCAUCACAGACUGGUGGCUCAGUCCUGAGGUCUUUCUGAAGCGACCUGCCACUGAUGAUUACUGGCGCCUGGACACCAUUCUGAAGCGCAAAGCAGAGCAAGGUGUGAAGGUGUGUGUGCUGCUCUAUAAAGAAGUGGAGCUGGCCCUGGGAAUCAACAGUGGCUACAGCAAGAGAACUCUGAUGGGCCUGCACCCAAACAUCAAGGUGAUGAGGCAUCCGAACCACGUGGCGUCGGUGGUGUUCCUGUGGGCUCAUCACGAGAAGAUGGUGGCCAUCGACCAAUCGGUGGCCUUCAUGGGCGGGAUCGACCUCUGCUUUGGCAGAUGGGACGACAGCUCCUAUAGGCUGUCUGACCUUCACUCUCCACCCGCAGCCAAACUCAUACCAAACGGGGAUCCAGAGCUGGCUGGUGACGAGGUGGACGCUACCACCCCUCUCACGGAGGAAGAGGCGGAGCCAGAGCCAGAGCCAGAGCCCAUACAGGAGGGCCAAGUCAGCCUGAAGGGCAACACGCGCUACUGGCUGGGCAAAGACUACAGCAACUUCUACAAGAAGGACUGGACGCAACUGGACUGCCCUUUUGAUGAUAAUAUUGACCGUAACAAGGUUCCCCGCGUGCCCUGGCGUGACUUGGCCGCAGCCCACCAUGGCAAGGCUGCCAGGGACCUGGCUCGCCACUUCAUCCAGCGCUGGAACUUUACCAAGAUCUUCACAAAGCACAAGGAUGAGUUCUACCCGUACCUGCUGCCCAAGUGCAACAGCACUGCAGACGAUCUCCCUUUUACAGUGCCCGGCUCAGGCAAAGCCUCAGUACAGGUGCUUCGUUCAGCAGAUCGCUGGUCGGUGGGGGCUUGUGAGUGCUCCAUCAUGAAUGCGUACGUGGAGACCAUCAAGAACAGCGAGCACUACAUCUACAUUGAGAACCAGUUCUUCAUCAGCUGUGCGGAUGGCAGGAGUGUACACAAUGGCAUUGGGGACGCUAUCGUUGAGCGAAUUCUUCGUGCACACAAAGAGCAGAAGAAGUAUCGGGUGUUCGUGGUGGUGCCUAUCCUACCGGGCUUUGAAGGAGACAUUUCCCAGGGAGGAGGCAACUCUAUCCAGGCCAUACUGCAUUUUACAUACAGGACCAUCAACCGUGGCGAGUACUCCAUCCUGGCCAGGCUGAAGGAGCAAAUGCAGGACGACUGGACCCAGUACAUCUCCCUCUGCGGACUGCGAACCCACGACCGCCUGUGCGAGUCCUCGGUCACCGAGCUCAUCUACGUGCACAGCAAGGCCCUGAUCGCAGACGACCGGCGCUACAUCAUUGGGUCCGCUAACAUCAACGACAGGAGCAUGCUGGGUAGCCGCGACAGCGAGCUGGCCAUCCUGGUGGAGGACGAGGAGCGGGUGCCAUCGCUGAUGAACGGGGAGGAGUACGAGGCAGGACCAGUCACCCUGGCGCUGCGCAAGGAGUGCUUCAGAGUUCUCCUGGGGGCAGAAUCUGAGCCCAACAUCAACCUUGAUGAUCCAGUCAGUGACCAUUUCUAUGAGGAGGUGUGGAAUCGCAUUGCCAAACUGAAUGCAGAAGUCUACGAGAAGGUGUUCCACUGUCUGCCGUCAGACUCGAUCCGUAGCAUGGCGGCCCUGCAGGCCCAUGUCAACAUCAGCAGCCUGAACGAGACGGACCCCGAGGCGGCGAGGGAGGAGCUGAAGGCGGUCAGGGGCAUCCUGGUCCACUUCCCCCUGCACUUCCUGUGCGACGAGAACCUGUUGCCCCCCCUCAGCAGCAAGGAGGGCAUCAUCCCUGUGGAAGUGUGGACGUAGAGGGCUGACGGGAGCAGGACCCCGUUUCUUGGAAGCGUUGUUGCUAACCCGUUAGGUUCACUGAGUUGGUUUCCUAUGGGAAAUUGCAUUGCAGCCAAGUCAGUGGCUUACUUGGUUAGCAACAAGGCUGUUGAGAAACUCAACCCCUGGCUUGGACGGAUGAGUGAAACGGGCAGAGAAAAACUUACAAGGAGCGACCUGGAGGAGCCGAUGUCUCUUCAGAGGCACAUCAGUGGUACCAGUGCAGUGUGAUGACAUGAAGGCAUUUCUGUGUACCAAGCAAAAUAGACAUUAGGAUGGGCGAAGGAUCCAUUUUAUUUCUUCUACAUAAAAAAAGAACUAACCGUGCAUGCCUAAAAUUGACACAUACACAGUAAAUUGUAUUUUGACAUUUCUACCUGCUACCAUACAGGUAUGCGCCUAUAUUUUAACUUUUUAACAUGGAGGACCACUUAGACAAUCACCUGCAGCACAUAUUUUAUACAUUGUACGUACACAAAUAUGGAGAAACUAUUUUGUCUAACGUAGCUUUUAUUUUCUUUAUUUGAGAACAUUUAAAAACCUUACAUCUUAGCUGUAUAAUGUAGGCUGGUAUUCAUAGCCAUGCCCCAACCCUUGGGGUUUUUGCAAAGGAUGACACCAGAACUCUCAACAUGUCAGAUCAUGUUUACCAUAUUACACAGCCUGCAAUUGUUUUCCUAUAUAUUUGAUGCCAGACAUUCUAUUUUUUAUUGUUUUACUUUUGUAAGAGUAGUUACUAUACCUGUGUUUACUUUGCAUUUCACCAUGCAUUUAUUCAUGUUUACAGAUGCUGUAUUAUUCUCAUGUAUUCCUAAGUGAUACCUUUUGUGCAUCUUUUAAUACCUAGCCUUUAUUUUAACAAUGCUGCUUUCCAGGAAGCCUUGUAUUAACAUUUCAGUUUUAUUCAGUUGACAUUUUGUAUGUAUGUUUAUAUAUUUUAACUUUAGAAGUAACUGUUUAUAGAGUAUUUUAUCAUUCAGGGCAAACCACUCAAUGUCUGACGCUGAGAUUAUGGAAUGAUGAUGUCAACAGCUCUAAAAUUAAGGGUGCACUUUCGCUUAACUAAGAUGUCAGUCCGAUUCGUGGCUGAUGAGUUCAAAAUGGCUGCCAGAGAACUGUGUGUAUCUGUGACUUGUGUUUACAGCAAAUGUAUAAGAUGGGAUGCAUGGCAAAUCCAGUUUGGAGAUCAGAAGUCGAGUGUCUCUGAUGAUUAUGGAAGAACGGAACGUACAAUUAUUGCAGCAAGUGUGUGGGCGGAUAUAGCAGUCUCUCUCUCUCUCUCUCUCUCUCUCUCUCUCUCUCUCUCUCUCUCUCUCUCUCUCUCUCUCUCUCUCUCUCUCUCUCUCUCUCUCUCUCUCUCUCUCUCUCUCUCUGUGCCUCUCAAACACUACACCUCUCCGUGCAGUGCCAGCGGAUCUGUCUGAACAUUGGUGGUUGUUAUGGAGACGGGUAUAAAGAGCUGACUGGUUUGUGGCUGUUGAGUCAGACUGAGAGAGAGUGAGAGAGAAAGUGAUCUGGAUGGAAAGAUAUCGCAAGAAUGCAGGAGAGUGGAAAUGGGUAAACAUUAGACCCNCCCCCCCCUUGCAUAUUAGGGGAUGACAAAUUACAGAGGGUGGGGAAGAUCAGAACAGGAAAAGCAAAAUGAGGAUAAAUUGGAUGCUGCGUGGGUGGGUGGAUCAUUUGCACGUUUUAUUUUUGGAGGGGGGUAGGGAGUGGGCAGUGUGGGCUGCCCCAAGAAUAGGGGUCGGUAGAUGCGUGAGAAGUGUGCAUCAUGGUAAAAACUGAUUGAGUGGGUCGGUCCUCCUCACAUGUACACUGAUCACGCUGUCUCCUGGCAUCACCAUGGCAACCAAUUGAAUUAUUGUUAUGUAAUCAUGUCAGCGAUUUAGAAGAUUCCAUGGUAAGGGGAAGGGGGAGCCUCAGACGAGAGCAGGUGUUCUCAUAGGCUGGAUACAGUACAGUGAGUCUAUGGAUAGAAUGGCCUGGAAAGCUCACACUUACAAAGUCCUGGUUGGGGCACUCUUGUUGGCAUGCAGAAGUGACCACUAGGAAAGCAGCAACGGCUCAUAGGCCUACUUGGUAUCAAAUGUUUUCUGAAUAUUCUGAAAAGGUGUUUUUAAAAAAAAUGAAAUGGUGUUGUCAACGCGGUGCAGAUACCAGCACACUACCAUGUAAAUGUAUUCAUAUUCAUAUUCCAAUGAAAAUCAGAAAAUUCCAUAUUGUAGGAGGUAGGCCUAUGGUGUGUAACCAGUCUAUUCUACAAUAUAUGUGUAACAUAGCUACAUUUUAAAGCAACACUAAUAGGUUUCAGUUUUGGCCCCCUAUAGGCUGGAAGCAGAGCUGUCGCUGAUUUCAACUGUGGAGAGAUGACCCAGUCCUCUACAUUAGCCCUCUGUUUAUAGAGGGCAGAAAGUGAUUGCAAAAGUGCCUUUAACCCUGUUACAAGUUUGCUCAUAAUUGUUCACAGUGAUGCAUUAUUCCAGGAUUUAAAAAUACUAAUUGUUGGUCUACUUAAAAUCGGAAUAGCUAAAAAUAAAAGAAAACUUCCUGAAUUAAUGCAACGAUACUUGUCUUUGUAAACCACUGUUUAACAUUUGUGCAUUUCUCUGUAACAUAAUAAACAUUUUGUAACUCCAAUUAUAA